CACUUGAGGUACAUGGAAGAUUGAUGAAUACUAGAGGUUGCGCCACCUCUUUCGUCUUAGUAUUCGUGGCUAUUUCUGUUUAAGCUUGCGAAAACGCUAUUCACCCCCAUUCAUCUUUAGUGUGUGCUGGGGAUAUUAGAUUUACGAAUAUGACCAUGACAGGCCAUAUGAAACAUUCAAGGAUCAACCGAUUCUUGCCUCCAUUUCUGUUCGGUAUAUCGCUGGAACGAGCCCGGCCUGAUGCUAUGUGGGGCGUUUAAUUUGUAGUUGCAAUCAAUUAUUGUUCGGAAAUAGUAGGAGGUCGGCAAAUUAGCGAACGAGAGUAAUAGAAAUAUGACGUAUUAUGCCUCGAUUAUCAAUUGUUAUCCAAGAUCGUUUGCAGAGACCAGAGCUGCCACCGGUUUCGGGAUUAUUUUGACUCCGACAACUUUUUCUCCGGAAAACGUUUUGCAUGGUUGGGGCGGGUUUCGGCGAAAUCCUCGACCGUGGACUGGAAUCAUACAGAGACGAGCGCCGCACGAAGCUCGAUGUGCUAACCCGUAAGUGGCGAUGCAGCUGAGCCCCCGAACGACUUGGUAGAUAAACACGUCAACUGCUGCUGAAUCGUGUUUGCUGCCCAAAACCAGACAGCUUCCCCCACCCCGGUUCCCGUCCCUCACUCACAGACUUCCUCCCCUCCCCCUUUUUGUUCGUGUUCUCGCUUCGCUCUCUCUUCUCUCUCUCUCUCUCUCUCUCUCACUCGGCGUCGUCCUACUCGUCUGUACUUCCUCUCCAAUCAUUUCAGUCCAAGGCAAAUGGCCUUCUUCCCUCAGCACCACCACCACCUCCAACAGCCACAGCAACAGCAGCAGGCGAUUCCAUUCAGCUGCAGGAAUUUCGUGCCUAUCGAUGGCCAAAUCUCCGCCCCGAUCGACCUCGCCGCCGCCGCCGCCUUCCCGGAUCCUUCCUUCGUUCGUGUCAUGGGCCUCACACCCGGCGACGGCGGAUCGAGCGGUUGGGAGCCGAGAAGGAAGCGGCUCAAGGAGCAGGACCUCCUGGAGAACUCCCAGAUCUCCUCCAUCGAUUUCCUCCAUGCCGGGUCGGUUUCCACUGGGCUGGGACUCUCCUUGGACGACCGGAGGGUUGCGGCUUCACCUGGGGAGUCGCCGCUUGUCCUCCUCCCUACGGUCGGCGAGGACAUUGAUUGCGAGGUGCAGAGGAUGGACGCAGAGAUGGAUCGGUUCAUCAAGCUUGAGGGUGAGCGUAUGAGGAAAUCAAUAUUGGAGAAGGUUCAGAUGAAACAGUUCCAAACAUUAGCUUCUGUAGAGGAGAAAAUCUUCAGAAAGAUACGAGAGAAAGAAUCAGAAGUUGAGGGCAUAAAUAAGAAGAACCUGGAACUUGAGGAACAAAUGAAACAGUUAGCCAUGGAAGUGAGUACAUGGCAGCAACGGGCAAAGUACAAUGAGAGCAUGAUUAAUUCCCUCAAGUACAAUCUUGAACAACUCUAUGCUCAGAGCAAGGACAACAAAGAAGGGUGUGGUGAUAACGGGGUAGAUGACACUGCCUCUUGCUGCAACGGGGACACUGAUUUACAGCUUACGUUCAAGCAGAAUAAGGAUAUCGAGUCCAUGGCUUGUAAGGUUUGCAGGGUGAACGAGACUUGCAUGCUUUUGCUGCCCUGCCGACAUCUAUGCCUGUGCAAAGAGUGCGAGAGCAAGCUUAGUUUCUGCCCAUUGUGUCACUCCUCGAAGUUCAUUGGCAUGGAGAUUUAUAUGCCAUGAAACUUGUUGCCCUAAAGAUGUCAUGCACCAUGUCUUGUCUAGUUAUCGUGGCCUACUUGUGAUAUCUUCUACACUGCAUAAACUAAAAGGGUUUAAUAUGUCGUAGAUUUACGAUCUGUAGUAUGGAUUCUGCUUAAUGUUUUAUUGGGCUUUAUAUGUACCAUUAGAGUUGGAUGGUUUCUCGA